AUGGUUGCAUAUUUGUGGCUUGUAUGGUAUGACUCUGCGACAAAAUCGACCCCGCGACACUGGGCAUUGGCGGUCACGUAUGAAGCCCAUGAACAGGCGUACGCGACAUUUUACGAGAUGUUUACGGAGGGCGCCGGUGUGGGUCGAUAUCAGCCGCGAGUUGUUCGCCGGGUCCACCUGACCAGCAAGCAUGGAACUACACCUUAUGCGGGAAAGCUACUACUAGGCGAAAUCAAUGACCAAGUGCUCGGGGCUCUCGAGAUGUACAGCGAAACAGCUACAGAACUGGUGAACUCGCAUAACAAGAAGCGCGGCGCGAAUGAGUCUACCUGUCAUGAUUGGGCGAUAAUCAUCGUCAGGAGUCUGGAGGACGCUUUGCUGCUGCCUGUGGUAAUGUUCAUCGAUUUUCUGGGAGAGCGCUACUGA